AUGAUUACAAUUCUCGGGGAACAGUUUACGGUGCAUUGCGGCCACGUCUACGUGGCCGUUCAUUCUCGGCAGGGAGCUGAGUCUCUUUUGAGUGUGUUUAAUCUGGGCCAAGCUCGGCCGCAGUGCACCUACGGUUACCUGGAUCCAACCGAAACGUUCUUUAAAAGAACAGUUGAGAGUGUAAGUGGCCAUGUUGGGAUGGGAAGUGAUGGCAACAAAUGCGGUGACAGAGAGCGGGGCCACAGCGAGUGCGAAAACAGCGGCACGUGGCUCUUGAGUCAAGUGGUGGCGGAAGAAGGAUUGAUUAUGCACGCGUUGAUGGGUCGCCGGUUCCCGGAGCAGGAGUUGUGGCUUGGUGCCCGUUUGGGUGAUGCCCCUUUGGGUGAUGACCCUUUGAGUGAUACCUACUUACACGGGAUCGUAGCCGCCGUGAACGUGUUGUGUUUGCUUACAAGUGAGGCAAUCCUUAUAUUCGACUUGAAGUCUCGUUCGUGGUUGUCUCCCUGUCCCUUAGCAAACUUGUGUACAAGCGCUACCCCCGGGGGUGGUCCGAAGUACUUAUUGUUCGACACGUCCCGGACGGACACUUGCAGCUUACAGGUCUUGAGUAGCGACAAGGUGUUUAAAGCUUUGGAUCUGCACCCUGUACUUACACCGCAGCACAAGACAGCUGCUGGGCAAGACUACGGCAGAGAAGACCAGCUCAAGGUUAUUGAGCGGAAUCAGCACUAUGGCGACUCAUAUUACCUUUCGGGGGGGCAGAUUCCGCGAUACUGCGGACGAAUUCCGCUGUGGGUCAAUUUAAACCUGGAUGACUCCGUCACGGCCCAGUUGUACAGCACCCAGUCGCUUAACAUUAUACCAUGCCCUCCCUUCUACGUUGAGAUGCCACUUUCUCAAGAUUUCGUUAAGGACCAAACCGUUAAGGACCAAGCUCUCAAAAAUCAAGCUAGCGGUCGAGGUGGGGCUCAAGGUCGAGGUCGAGGUGGGGCUCAAGGUCGAGGUGGGGCUCAAGGUCGAGGUGGAGGUGCGGCUCAGGGUCGAGGUGGAGGUGCGGCUCAGGGUCGAGGUCGCGGUGGAGCUCAAGGUCUGGGUAGUGAUGGAUGUCGUGACUUCGGCAACAAGCGAACGGAUACGUUGAUGGCUGAGGAUGGUCUGCGUGAGGAGUUCAUCGAAUGGAGGCGCAACAUUCCGAGGAGUGUUGAGCGUGCAGUGAAGAGUCUGGAUCCCAUUGAGAUGAGGGAGUUUUUUACGGAGGCUCGGCGUCUGGUGAAGACAGACUGUCCGCAGACGAAGCAGGACGUGCUACGUUCAUUGGGUGGUGAAGGCGGGCUGUAUCGAAUAGAGGAGCUUAUGCGGUCGGUGGCUCCGUUCACACCAGCUGUAUUGGGCCGGUCAGCAGCUCUGGGUUGGAGUUUGUUUUCGGAGGCGGUUUUUCCGCUGUUGCAUUUGCUAACUGACUCGUACGUGUCCAGUUCGUUUUUGCUGGAGCGGACAGUGGUCACCAUUUACAACGUCAUGUACGGGGUUAAUGGGACAAGAGGGACGCCGUUCAUGGAGUUUGUGGCAGCAGUAUUGGAUCUGAGCAAGGCAGGAGGAUUGGGGGCUGUGGUACCUUUGGCGCAACGAAUUGAACAGAUCGGGUCCUCGAUCCAGUUCUUUGACAAAAUGGUGGUGUUCAAUUCCGAUGCAAAGGUGCAAGACCGCCUCUCGGAGGUGGCGAGGCGAUUGCAGAAGGUGUUUUGUGGCGUCCAUACACCAGAGUUGUCCGGAAUGUUGGAGAAGACCCGAGUAUGUUUGGAAAGGGUUUUGGGUUUGUUCGAGAUUGGGAACCAGUUGCCUCCGGCGUUUGCGGUAAUUCCGGGACGGCGUGGCAGUAAUGGUGGGGGACGGCGUGGCAGUCGGACGAGAACAGAACUGAAACAGACCCCGCCUGGAGGCCGGCAUGAUAACGACCAUGCCAACAUCAGAGCAAUUGGGAUCAUGCCAACGUACUCGGAGAUUCUGUAUCAAUACUCCCAGUACUUGCCACCGAUGAACCCCAGCUCAUGGCAUUUGCCGGGUCUUGCCGGCUUAAUCGACCGACAUUUCAGACUGCUCCGAGCGGACACCAUUGGUCAAUUAAUUGAGGCCAUCCACAUAGAGGUCCGCCAGAAACGGACACCUGAAGGACAGAUUCUAGAUGAGACGCGGCACCAUGUUAAGCGGAAUGUGUAUCUGGACGUCCGAAUUACCGAUUUCAUUUUGGACUCUCUCCGAGGGUUCACCAUCGGUGCUACCUUCACCAUGCCACCUGGCGCUAAACAAUGCCCGACCGCCCAGGCCAGAGAACAGUGGUGGGAGCAGUCUAAGCGUCUCCGAAUGGGCACCUUGGUUUGUCUUCUAGAUUCUCAAGGCACUAUUACCUUUGCCACUGUAGCCACCAUCGAGAGAACCAAACCAAAGGCUGACGCCAACGGACACACCCCAGAACUACGGCAGCUACCCAACCUUUGGGAAGACGACGAUGUGGGCAAUGUGCCACUCCAGAUAGUGGACAUGAAGGACUCCCAUCUCCGGUACUUGUUUCGGCUACAUGCCAUCCACGCAAGUCACAACCCUACGAAUCUAAAGUUGGUGGAAUUCCCGGGCAUUAUUUUGGCCGCCUUCCAUUCCACGCUUAAGGCCCUUCAAUACAUGGCAGAGUCUCUGGACAUGCCCUUCGCACCGCUUUUGGCUCCCGUUAAUCCCGCACAAAAUCUGCGGGUGCCAGCUCCGGCUUAUGCACGUCGUCAUGGCUUUUCUUUCGACUUGGCCUCCCUCAGGUCCACUGCCGCGAAAACCACAGGUGUCCCUGUGCGACAACAACGGUCGCAGGACAACCUUCUCCUAACAACAGGUGAAGAAUUCGAUGUGACAAAACUGGAAGAGGUCACAACCUUGGACCAUGGCCAGGCGGUCGCCCUGAUAAAUGCGCUACAGAGAUCCAUUGCCCUGAUACAAGGACCACCGGGUACCGGCAAAAGCUUCACAGGUGUUUCGUUGAUCAAGGUGCUGCUCGCGAAUAAGCGAAAAUGCGAUCUAGGACCGAUCGUGUGUGUAUGCUUUACGAACCAUGCCUUAGAUCAGUUACUGGAAGAUCUUAUUGGCAAAGAAAUAACCAAAUCGGUCAUUCGUAUUGGAGGCCAGUCAAAGUCUGAGUUGGUCAAGGAGUACACUUUAUUCAACAAACUCCAGGAUGUAAAUAAUACCUUGUGCGAAAAGGCAGGCUAUGGCAAGGCCCGAGCGGAGUUACAGACUGCAGCUGAUGAGUUCACACACGUUGACCUUACGUUAGCGGGGGAUAAGGUAGACGAAUACUUGUUCUCCUGUAACAGAAGACACCACGCUCAGCUCUUUGGAACUGCAUCCAUCGACGGCUUUCAGCCCUCCAAAAAGCCUAAAAAGGGUGCGAAGCUUCGCGUGUGGUUAAACGGGAAUAGCAGGCGACAGACCGGACCGAGACCGGUUGAGGAGCUGGAGACAGCGGACCUAAAUGGUAUGACGAAGGAGGAGCGGGAACGGCUGUACGCAUCGUGGGUGAUAGGGGCCCUGGAGGGUCCGCACGAAAAGGGGCUGGACGUGGUGGAAAAUUAUCAAAGUGCAAGGGAAGAGUUUGAUAACAUCCGUGAAGAGAAGAGUUUGAGAUGCUUGCAGGGGGCAGAUGUGGUGGGGUUGACUACCACCGGCUUGGCCCGGAAUCUCAAGAUGCUGCGGCGUUUGCGGGCUAAAGUUUUGUUGUGUGAAGAAGCUGGCGAAGUACUGGAGGCUCACCUGUUGACCUCACUGUUGCCCUCUGUUGAGCAUGUCAUCUUGAUCGGGGAUCACCAGCAGCUACGACCUCACACUCAGAACUACGACCUGUCGGCGGAAAGUGCGAGAGGCGAAAUGUUCUCGUUUGAUGUGUCAUUGUUCGAGCGAUUAGUCUCGCCCAAACCCGGUACCGGUAUACAGCUGCCUUGCGACACGCUGGAAACGCAGAGGAGAAUGCACCCGAGUAUUUCCCGCCUAAUCUCUUCCACACUGUACCCGAACCUGAAGGAUGCCCCCUCGGUCUCUCUCUACCCGCCGGUCGUUGGGAUGCGAAAGCGCCUCUUUUGGUUCGACCAUCGACGACCGGAGGCUAGUCCCUCUCGUAGCGAGCAGGUUGGUCAGUCUCGCUGGAAUCCUUUUGAGAUUGACAUGACGGUCGCCCUGGUUAGUCACCUAGUCAAGCAAGGUGCCUACGAAAGCGGGGAAAUAGCCGUCCUCACGCCUUACUUGGGGCAACUCUUCAAACUGAGACAAGCUCUGAACCAAAGUUACGCCAUCUUGCUGACAGACCGGGACGAAGAAGAGCUAGACGCUGCCGGCUUCACCGACGAUACCCCCGUGAAGAAACGCAACUCCGGGGUAACUCCGGCAAAAACAUCCUUGUUGAACACAUUGCGUGUGGCUACCAUCGAUAACUUCCAGGGUGAAGAGGCCACCGUCAUAAUCAUAUCGUUAGUCCGUAGCAAUGAACAGAACAACUGUGGGUUCUUGCGCACCUCUAAUAGAAUCAACGUCUUGCUUUCGAGGGCUAGACACGGCAUGUACAUCAUUGGCAACUCAGAAACGUCCAAACAUGUACAGAUGUGGUCCCAGGUGAUUGGGAUUCUGUCCGAAGAUGAUUGUAUUGGGGCCACGUUGCCGUUGCAAUGUGGGAAUCAUCCCGACCGCUUGAUGGAGGUCAGUGAGCCUGGCGAUUUUGCUAGGAUCGCCCCGGAGGGAGGUUGUGAUCUGCAGUGCGGCAAGAGACUCAGCUGCGGCCACGUUUGCAAGAACAAGUGCCAUCCGGACUGGGCUCAUAGAUCGGUCAAAUGUGUUGGGCCGUGCAUCAAAACUUUAGUCGGCUGCGAGCAUCUUUGUCCGAAACUAUGUGGUGCUAAGUGUCCCACAAAGUGCUUGGUUAAUUUGCAGGUCGACCUAACGCUGCCGUGCAUGCACACGGUAGCGCGCAUGAAGUGCUGGCAGUACCAACAGCUUAAUUUGUUCAAGUGCCAAAUGCAGGUUAUGAAAAGGCUCCCGUACUGUGAGCAUCAGAUCCAAACCGAGUGCCAUCAAGACGUCAGGUCCUAUCGCUGUAACCAGACCUGUGGCACAAUUCUCGCCUGUGGACACAAGUGCUCCCGAGAGUGUCAUGAGUGUUUCGGACGUGGGGGAGAAGACCACGGUCUGUGCCAGAGUGUGUGCAAGCGUCCCUACGUUGGGUGUCCCCACAGUUGUCAGAAAGUGUGCCACAUUGGCACACAGUGUAACCCGUGCGAGGCCCCGUGCGAAAUAAGGUGCACACACUCCCCUUGCUCGAAACGGUGUUCUGAAGAGUGUACCCUGUGUGCUGAGAAGGAUUGCAGCUCUGGCUGUCCCCACUCGAAGUGCUCGAUGCCCUGUGCGGCACCUUGCAACCACGUGCCCUGCUCUCUGCGGUGCGAGAAGUUGUUGAAGUGCAGUCACCGAUGCCCUUCUGUUUGCGGUGAAGCGUGCCCCGACCCGAAGUACUGCCAAGUGUGCGCCAGCAACGAGGUAAAGGAGACCUUGGUGGAUUUUAUUAUGGGCCACACAUUCCAAGACACGAACUUGGACGAACACCCGUGCAUAUUUCCUCCGUGUGGACACUUCCUCACGAUCGAUAGCAUGGACGGCCAAAUGGGCAUGGCUGCGUACUACCACCUGGACGAGGACGAAAGGCCCUGGCAGGUGCGUUCCGGCGCCGCAGUCCCAUUCAGCGAGGCGUGCGUCAAAGUAUGUGCCACUUGUCGGGGGUCUCUCAGAAGCGUAACACGGUACGGCCGGAUUGUCAGACGCGCUCUACUGGAUGAAUGCACGACCAAGUUCAUGUUGCGAGCGUCUCGUGAACACAGCAGGCUGUACAGAGAUCUGUCGCGUUUGGAAAUUCCAUCUUUUGUUUCGAUUUUGAAAAAUGACUGGACAGGUGGUCCUCUGCUUACCAUCAAAGGGAGUCGAGAGGAGCAGUACCAGCUCAUCGCCACGAACUUCCGCUUCGGUAAGGCGACACCGUGUGGUCGCCUGCAUGAAGACCUAGCGCAGUUCUGUAAAGAUGUCGCAGAGGAGGAGCAACCUUUCGGGCAACUGCGGCAAUUUGUUCGAUUCGCACGUUUGACCAAAUUGCUGGCGGACGAGGCGGACGACUUAUGGAAGGAAGAAGAUGCUUUGGACGGGGGCGUAAUUUGCACUGCACAAAUCUUGAAGGCUCAGUCAGCGGCAAUCCGGUUCCACACGGCGGUUCUGUUGAAACUAUCUGCAGACUACAGCAAGAGCCAGGCCAGCUGGCUUUCGUUCCUGACGAGAACAUUGGAGGUGGCGGUCGACGUGAGCGAGAACAUUUGGGAGUGUGAAGUACUUCGGGGGAGUGCAGCUGCUGCGCAUCUAGUGGUAGUGGAAACGGAGGCCAGCAUUUAUCUGGCGCAGCUGGCGGCGGUGGGGUUGCGGGUAGCCAAGUCAACACCCGCCCAUCCGUUACUCAGAACGCUUGGUGAAGACGCUGUGGCCCAGGCCAAAGACAUGUGUCGCCGACACCCGGCGGUUACCCGUGGCCUGCUGGACGAGGUGGAGAGUGCGGAACGCGCCCUUCAGAAAGACCUUACACACGCCCCCAUCACCAGCCAGGAACGCCAAGCCAUUGUCGACGUCGUCAACCGCUCCCUUAUGGGCAGCGGCCACUGGUACUAUUGCGUCAACGGCCACCCCUUCGUCAUCGCCGAUUGUGGCGGUCCCGUCGUCGAGUCCACGUGUAACGAAUGUGGCGCUGUCAUUGGUGGCAGAAACCACCUCGCAGCACCCGGCGUCAGACUCGCCACAGACCUCGAGACCGCAGGAAGAGUCCGUCGGUAG